UCAGAGUCAUUCUCGCAGGACUGUCACCACACCGGAGGCGGACAGCGCAGUAGUGAGAGCCCUUCCCUGAGGACACGGAGAAGAAGCCCACACAUGGGGAAUUACAAGUCCAGACCGACCCAAACGUGCACUGACGAGUGGAAGAAAAAAGUCAGCGAGUCCUACAUGGUUAUCACCGAGAGACUGGACGAUGACCUGCUCGUCAGAGACAAAGACAAGGCCGAGCUGGAGCAGGUCUUUAGCUCUGAUGAAGCCUUCAGCAAAGUCAAUUUAAAUUUCCGCACCGAAAACCGGCUGUCCUUACUCCAUUUGUGCUGCAUUUGUGGGGGCAACAAGUCCCACAUCAGAAGCCUCAUGCUAAAAGGGCUGCGCCCAUCUCGGCUGACAAGAAAUGGAUUUCCAGCUCUGCACUUGGCAGUUUACUUGGUAAGUCGUUUGGGGCCUAUUAAUAAGGUCAGAGGCAGAAAGCGUCAGAGAGUGCCCGGAGAGGAGCUGCAGUGGAUCCGGCUGGAGAGGCAGCCGGGACCGAGUGUGAACCACAGAAAGUGGGGAGCCCCUGAAAGCCUUCAGUGUGCUGAAGGGCCACAGGCUGAUGAUGCAGGCAGUAAGGAAGUGGGGAGCCCUUGUAGGGGGCUGCCCUUGGGAGUGGCGGCUUGGAGAGACGUGGAAGAAAUGGGAUUGAUGCAGGAACUGCGGCAGUUUGGGCCUGGGGGGGAGAAGAGGAAAGUCACUGACAACCUGGGAAAUGGAAUGGGAAUGGCAGCUCAUGGAGUUGUCGCUAUCAGAAAUAGGGAAGUCGGCCAGAGGAAGCUGAAUGUCCACCUCGCACCAGCCUAUGCUGCCAAAGGCAGCAUCCAGAAGGGCUUGCCUUUCCUGCACCUGCCAUUUGGAUCCCAUCACCUGGUGGCAUUGCUGUGUCCUGUCCGUUUCCUGGUUCGGACCCAGCAUCAUUUGAAAAAAAUCAAUUUCUUUGCCCUGUGUUUGCGUAAGGAAACCCUGCCCGUCCUUUUGACGGCCAUUCCCAAUGCCAGCCUUGGCCUGCUGUCCAGCCAUGGGGCCUGCGGGAUUGAUGCAGGAGCUCAGAGCCAGUGCGCCGGGAUCGGGGACGGCUCCUGGGCCUGGCAGGGUGCCGGGGCCGGAGCCAUUGCCACCCCAGGGCUACUGCAUGGCUCCUUGCCCCAGAGUGGCAUCCUGCAGAGACUCCUUCCAGGUGCCUCGGAGCCCCUCAGGCUUCCACGGACGCUCGCCCCGCAGACACGGUCUUGGGAAGCAGACCCGCGGAUCUGUGAACAAGCCCUGGCCGCAGGGACGGAAAGAAAAGUGGUGGAGAGGAACAAUCUCACUCUCGGCACUGCCCCAGUACCACGGUCCCUGGAAUACAGCGAAUAUCUAAUCAGUGCUUUCCCAGGGGCUGCCGAAGUCCUGCUGCAGCACGGAGCCUACGUCAACGUCCAAGACGCGGUCUUCUUCACCCCCCUCCACAUCGCAGCAUACUACGGUCACGAGCAGGUGACACGUCUCCUGCUGAAAUUUGGUGCCGAUGUGAAUCUAAGUGGGGAAGUUGGAGAUCGGCCCCUCCACUUAGCAUCUGCCAAAGGAUUCCUUAAUAUUGCAAAACUCUUGAUGGAAGAAGGCAGCAAAGCAGAUGUGAAUGCCCAAGAUAAUGAAGACCAUGUACCUCUCCAUUUCUGCUCUCGAUUUGGACACCAUGAUAUUGUAAAAUUUCUGCUCCAAAGUGAUUCUGAUGUUCAGCCACACAUUGCUAAUAUCUAUGGAGACACACCUUUGCACUUGGCUUGCUACAAUGGAAAAUUUGAAGUUGCCAAGGAAAUAAUUCAAGUGUCAGGAACAGAAAGUCUGGCAAAGGAAAACAUUUUUAGUGAAACAGCUUUUCACAGUGCUUGUACAUACGGCAAAAGUAUCGAACUCGUUAAAUUUCUUCUCGACCAAAACAUCCUAAGCAUCAAUCAUCAAGGAAGAGAUGGACACACUGGAUUACACUCUGCUUGCUACCAUGGACACAUCCGCCUGGUGCAGUUCUUACUGGAUAAUGGAGCAGAUAUGAAUCUGGUAGCCUGUGAUCCCAGCAGGUCAAGUGGUGAAAAAGAUGAGCAGACUUGUUUGAUGUGGGCUUAUGAAAAAGGGCACGACGCCAUCGUCACGCUCCUGAAACAUUAUAAGAGGCCUCAGGAUGAAUUGCCCUGUAAUGAAUAUUCUCAGCCAGGAGGAGAUGGCUCCUAUGUUUCUGUUCCGUCUCCCCUGGGGAAAAUUAAAAGCAUGACUAAAGAAAAGGCGGAUGUCCUCCUCCUGCGGGCAGGGCUGCCUUCCCACUUCCAGCUUCAGCUCUCUGAAAUUGAAUUCCAUGAAAUUAUUGGCUCAGGGUCUUUUGGAAAAGUAUACAAAGGCAGAUGCAGGAACAAAAUAGUGGCUAUCAAACGCUAUCGGGCCCACACGUACUGCUCCAAGUCCGACGUGGACAUGUUCUGCAGGGAGGUGUCUAUCCUCUGCCGACUCAACCAUCCCUGCGUGAUCCAGUUUGUCGGAGCCUGCUUGAACGAUCCCAGCCAAUUCGCCAUCGUCACCCAGUACAUAUCAGGGGGGUCCCUGUUCUCCCUUCUCCACGAGCAGAAGAGGAUUCUGGACCUACAGUCCAAACUGAUCAUUGCUGUGGACGUCGCCAAAGGCAUGGAGUACCUGCACAACCUGACCCAGCCCAUCAUCCACCGGGACUUGAACAGCCACAACAUUCUCCUCUAUGAAGAUGGCCAUGCUGUCGUAGCCGACUUUGGAGAAUCAAGAUUCCUGCAGUCUCUGGAUGAGGACAACAUGACAAAACAACCUGGGAACCUGCGCUGGAUGGCCCCUGAGAUCUUCACCCAGUGCACGCGGUACACCAUCAAAGCGGACGUCUUCAGCUACGCGCUGUGCCUCUGGGAGCUCCUCACCGGCGAAAUCCCUUUUGCGCACCUCAAGCCAGCCGCAGCAGCUGCCGACAUGGCUUACCACCACAUCCGACCUCCCAUCGGCUAUUCCAUUCCCAAACCCAUCUCGUCUUUGUUAAUGAGAGGCUGGAACGCGUGUCCUGAAGGAAGACCAGAAUUUUCUGAAGUCGUGACAAAAUUGGAAGAAUGCCUUUGCAACAUUGAGCUGAUGUCGCCUUCAUCAAGUAACAGCAGUGGGUCCCUGUCUCCUUCCUCGUCCUCUGAUUGCCUGGCGAGCCGCGGAGGCCCCAGCAGGAGUCACGUCGCUGCCCUCCGGAGCCGCUUUGAGCUAGAGUACGCCCUGAAUGCCAGAUCCUGCAUGUACUGGUCUCAGAGCCCUGGACAGAUCCUCGCCCAAGGUCCAUCUCUGGAAGACAUGAGGAGAAACUUUCGGUUCCCUGCGAUUGACAAAAAUGGCUACGUGUCGGACCCCAUGAGCGCCAUGCACUUCCCGGGCCCCGGCGGCUUGGAGGAGAGCGGCUGAGCCGGCCGCGACCUACCCCAGGAGCCAGCCUCCGGGACCGCGGACAGCUCCCCGAGCCCUUCCAAUGGCUCCGCUUACUCCCCGUUCCGUCAUUUUCUGCCACAAAUCGGGCCGUGGCUUUGUGUCCAAAACAUGACAAUGCAAAAGAGGAAAGGCAGAAAUGGAGGCUGAAAAGGGGUUGUGAAUUUUGUGAGCUAACACUAAGUUAAUCACUGUGUGCAUUAAUUCGUAGCAUUAUUUGGAAGCCCCGCUGCAGUCCAGAGCAGUCACAUGUUAGCAAUAGGUCA